AUGGUUCUAGGAAGACAACUGGCAACCAAUCUUGGUCGAAAGAGUUCCUUACUCUCAAAGAGAUUUGAAAUAGUCAUGCCUAAUACGAAAUUUACAAAAGACAAACAGCCUGAUAGCUGCCCCUUCUGCAACAAAGUCAGUAAUGAACCAUGGCAGAACCAUGUUAUAUUGUGUUCUGGGCGAAGAUUUAAAUGUUUGGAAUGUGGAGCCCGCUUCAAGAAGAACGGCUAUCUGCUUAUGCAUAUGAAGAAGCACGAGUCACCUAUGGUAACUCAAACACAUGUGAAGAAGUUGAAGGACAACUCAAGCACUAAAGGAACAGAAGAAUCCAUUUUCGCAAUUCCAGUAGCUACGGUAGACAAACCAGCCGAGACGAAUGAGAGUUCAGGUUAUCAAAGUGACUGGGAAACGCAAGAUCCCGGAGAUUUAGAAGAUGUUUUAGGCUCAUGCAGUGAGAGUGAAGUUGAAUAUUCAGUAAACACAGAAUCCAAAGACCAGUCGACUUCAGAAUUCGAAGUUGGAAGGGUCGUUCGAAAAAGAACACAACCAACUUUAUUUACCGGACCAAAGCAAAACAGUUCCAUUGGUUCCGAGGACACGGCUAACAUGAAGAAGCCAGAGAUCUAA